GCCAGGAACUACGUAGCGCGUAGCACGUCUUUCUCGUAGACGCUCGCUUCUGGUUUAAAAACCAAGUGAAUUUAAAUUUUGAAGUUAUUUUUACGGUGGUCGAUUGAUAAUAGACAUCAGUGUCUACUUAAUACUUUAAAGAAAAUUAUCUGUUCUCGUUCAGUGUUAAUUGGACUACUCCGUCACACCGCUAAUAGAUAAAUAUUAAAAUUUUCUCUAUCUGUUUGCAUAUAGUGUGUUUUUAUUUUGCUUUUCAGACUUAGUAGUUUCUUUGUAGUUCAACACAAAGCCUGUUCAAAAACCUGAGCAAAUGUUUUAAUGUUAAUAAAUUAUGCACUUCGUGUUCAUUUUUUAUAGAAAGCCAAGAGUUCCCACGUUAGUUCAAUUACUGGUUUAAUUUUAUAUAACAAUUACAGUUAUAAAAUCGUAGUAACUAAAACUAAAAGAUGUAUUCAGCUAAUUUGAGAACAUGGCUAACAAUGAACUAAACGCCAUUUCAACUGGUCGUUAGUAGUAUUGGUGAUGCCAGCAAAGAUGAUGAAUGCUAGAGGCGGUGCAAACGGGGCGGGUGAGGUGAGUGUGGCCGACAGUCCCCUGGCCACCUUUGAGUCACUCACGCAGGCUGCCGUUAUAGCAGUGAUGGGAGUUGCCAUUGUUGUGUCCAAUCUGCUAAUAAUCGCUGCAUUCUUGAACUUCAAAGGUACGUCUUAUGGUCUCUCAAACGAAGUGAUAAACUACUAUCUACUAUCAUUGGCUGUUGCGGAUUUACUAUGCGGCUUGCUUGUGGUACCACUAUCAGUAUACCCUGCGAUAACAGGCCGCUGGAUGUUCGGGGAUCUCAUGUGUAGACUUGCCGGUUACGUAGAAGUCACCUUGUGGUCCGUCUCAGUCUAUACUUUCAUGUGGAUCUCCGUCGAUAGAUAUCUUGCCGUCAGAAAACCUCUCCGAUAUGAGACGGUUAGUGCAACGGUGCAAACACGUACUCGCAGUCAAUGCUGGAUGGUAUUCACUUGGAUCUCGGCAGCCAUGCUGUGUUGUCCGCCUUUACUUGGCUAUAAAAAAGAUGCGAACUUCGACAAGGAAACUUUCAUAUGCAUGCUUGAUUGGGGCACUACAUACGCCUACACUGCCACUCUAGGUAUCCUUGUGCUGGGACCUAGCGUUAUUUCAAUUGUUUACAACUACUUUUACAUUUUUUCGAUGAAACGGAAACUGCAUAGCGGAGUGCCUAUUCAUGAUAAGGAAUACGCGACUGCUUUGGCUGAGAACCUCGCUAACCCUAGCCACUGGAUGAGUUUCGUUUUGGUGUCCGUGUUCUGGUUGAGUUGGGCUCCGUAUGCCGGUGUGAGAAUGUACGAAUACGUCACCAAUCAAGAAAUCAAAAUUCCAAUGUUACAUUUCGGCAUGGUUUGGCUUGGUAUUAUGAAUUCGUUUUGGAAAAUUAUAAUUUUGAUUUCACUCAGCCCCCAGUUCCGGCUUGCGCUUCGAAUUUUGUGUUUGACUGCAUGCUGCCGCACCAAAGGACGCCUGCAAGCCGAACUCAUCGGUAUGGAUAAUGAUGACUGAAACGAAGUUGCCAUUCGUGCCCGACAGACCUACCUACAGACUCGUAUACAGUACGAGCAAAUGAAAGGGACUGUCAUAUAGCACAAGCUGAGUGGAUGUAAUGCAUCCACUACUGUCUAAUGCUGCGAACGAAUAUCCGUGGCUUGUUCAUCACAUUUCUCUCAGUGUAGACUUGAUUUUACUAAAACAUCAUUUUUAUUAUUAGACAUCAUUCUAAAUUAUUUUUAGGUAAAGCUUCAAGUUGUGAUAUUUUUUCUCGUAGUUGGAACUAUGUUUGUAAUGUGACAUUGCAAGAUGACAUGGAAAGCAUUUUGGAGAAUCAGACGAAUUUACUGACUUUUAAUGUGAACUUUUAGUAUGUUGUCGAUAUGAAUCAAAAAAGGACCCGACUAGAAGAAAGUGAUUGGUUAUGUUUUUCUGACAAUAAUGUGCCUAAGUUCCAAUUUAAACAUUAUUUCCUGCAAUACUACGUUCAUAUCAUUUUUAGCUAAUCAAUAGUGUGAUUUAUUAAGUAGUUUAUUAUAUUUAUUUUGUGAAUAGUUAUUAUAUAUAGAUGUGCACUAUGAAUGCAAUGUUAAAUAUUAUCAUUACUGUAUAGAGUGAACUAGAAGAAAUUGUGUUUCAAAGUUGUUUUGUGUGGUUAAAAGGACAAAAUGAGUGGAGAAAAAAUACAGUCUGCGUCGAGAUGGACAAUUUAAUUUGAAUAAUGUGCAGUGUGAACCGGCUUAGCUAUGGCCUUUUAUUCAGGCGAAACAUUCAAACACAUUUUGUUAAAAGUGACUAGUGUUCGUUAUAUUUGCUGACCGUCCCGAGAACUAAUUGCGAUACAACGAAACGAUCGACGCUCAAUGAAUUGAACAGUUUUUUUGUUGGUCUCGUGGGAGUUUAUAUAUGCAAACGUACGGAAAUAAAUAAGAAAUGUCGGAAAAUGUAAUCGAAUAAAUAGUGUUCUCGUUCAUUGUUAGAGUAUAACAUAGUAUAAUAUAAUGCACUUCUUAAUUAACAAAUUAAUAUCAUUGCAUUUUAUAUCUUAGAAGACAGUAAAAUACUUUGUUCUCACUAAUAAAAAUUAAAUGAGUGUUGUACAAUGUUUUAAUUGCAUUCUGUUGGAAUUUUGUAGUUUAUUAACGCACAUGUUUAUCGUAGUAACACAACGUAAUCAUACAGGUAUUUUAUUGUUUAAGUAGUGCAUUUAUUCACAAAUACAGAUGGCUGUGCUUAGACAUUAUCUCAUGUAACAGAUUUUAUUAGUGUUUAGAUUUGAAUGUUUCCGAUAGUUUUAUUGUUCGGCGAAUGCUAUUGUAGUUAGUUGUAUAUUACAUAAACUAGCAAAAUUACAUAUAAAAAUAACUGUUUUUCUCAUAAUUGUGGUUAUCGAUAAAAUUUUGUAUUUCAUAUAAAAAAUUAAAUAUUUCCGCAAGAUUAAUAAUGAAAUAGCGGGUAGAAAAUAUUUUUUGUAGCUGAACUGGACAUGAAUAUUAUAACUAUAUCAAAUAGACAAACAUGUCCAUCGAUGUACCUAGCUGUAGGUAAGUUUUAUGGUAGUAAAAAAACGAUAAAGCAAUUGUAAUGUGUUUUGAGUUGAAUUUUGGCAAUAUACGAUGAGAGGUUGCUGGAGAAAUUUUAGAUAAUGAUGCGGUAUUUUUUAGUUUUCAAUAAAUUUCCAAUUCGUUUAUAUAUACCAGAACCAAAAGACACUAGGCACUAACUAAAGUAGGCCAUGUUUUGCUUCAUCGGGUCAUUGCUAAUCUGAUUAAGCAAUUGAAAAGGAAAUUCAAUAGGGUCCAGUGGCCAUCAUGUCAAUAUGAAACGAAAUAUUUAGUUCAAAUACGGAAAUAAUACAUAAAUAUGUUAUAUGGAAUUUGUGAUGCGUUUUGUAACUUAAAAUUGGCAAUUGGUUUUAAAUUCGAACAAAAUUUUUAAUUUUGAAUUGAAUUAUUUUAAUACUAUUUCAAAAUAUUAUGAUUUACGUUUUGCAUAAACGUUAAGAUUUUCGACUAUGUAUUGAAUAUGAGAACUAUUCGACUUGUCAUUUCUGGUGUUCAUUUUAUUUAUUGUAGUGUAGAAGAAUAUUCUUAGAUUUUCUAGAAAAAAAUCUUCAAAAAAAAUAAAAAAAUUAGAACGCUUUUGCGUAUUACU